UGACAAGUGUCGGUAAUCAUAGUUUUCAUUCAGUGAUAUGUUGAUGUUGAUUGUUGUUAAAGUUCCAUGUUCUACUAGUUUUUGGAGGUACUGUAAGAAAAUUGGUGGCUGGUGGACUAUUGACUUUUUGAACAAUCACUUCCUAGUUACGCGUAAAAUAUAGUGAUUCAGUAAUGUGUCGUGAAACAUGAGGAGAUAAACAAAUGUUUAAAUGGAAGCAUCCUCCAUCAUUACUCAGGUGUCAAGGGACGACGAACAUCUGAACAGUUAUGCUACCGAAAAAGGUAUUUCAAUAAGAAUAAGAGUGGUUAAAGACGGGAAGCAAUUAAUUUCUGCAAAUAACGGAGAAGAAAUCUUGAACCUAUCGACAUUCCAGUCGAACCGUUCAACCAGCCUGAGGCCGAGCAACAGCAAAAGACCUCCAGCAGACUUCAUCGUACCAGUCGAAAUAGACGGUACGACACAUCAAGUAUACGUUCUGAAACGACCACAUGUAGACGAAUUCCUGAAACGUAUGGGCGAGCUGUACGAAUGCAUACUGUUCACAGCCUCGCUAGCAAAGUACGCUGAUCCUGUGGCAGAUCUGCUCGACAAGUGGGACGUGUUCAGGAAGAGGCUGUUUAGAGAGAGCUGCGUUUUUUACAGGGGUAACUACGUCAAGGAUUUGAACAAGCUUGGCAGAGAGCUCGGACAGAUCGUUAUCGUCGACAAUUCUCCGGCUUCCUAUAUAUUCCAUCCAGAUAAUGCUGUACCAGUAGCAUCGUGGUUUGACGACGCCAAUGAUUCGGAGUUGCUCGACCUCAUCCCAUUCUUCGAGAAACUCGCCAACAUGGACAAUGUAUAUACAGUGCUGUGCAAUUCGAACCACCCCUCCUACAAUAAUAGUGUGCCCCACAUCAACGGGCCGACCAAUCACUCGCCGAUCCUUCAAAACAAUCACUCGCCUCCGAAGACGUAGCAAAAGUUGUUCUCUUUGAGUUGGUCCUUGUUAUCACUAUUAUUUAACGCUGUCGAUUUUAUCCAGAGUGGUGGAAAAACUGUGAAGAGUUGGAAUGAUUCACAAAGACGAUCAAAGAAGGGUCUUUGAAGUUGUAAUGUUGCUUUUGAGAGCUUGUCACCACUUGUUUGUUUUUCAAAUUGUGGAACAAAAACUUUGUGAAUGUCUAAGAUGGUGUUCGAUACUCUAAUCGCUUGCUUAUGGAUCAACUUUUCAAUGUUUUUCUCCAUUCCUCAGAUUACCGCUAAUUCGAGCUGUAAUCUUUUUUAUUUUUUAUAAUCGAGUUAUACUUGGAAACGCGAAAUGUAUUAUUUUACAUUGUAACAAUCACUAUUCUUAGGAGAAUAUACAGCUGGUAACGGCUUUCUUGAAAGGACCCUUUAUUCUACGAAGUUUUUACGUACCAACAAACUACUCAUCCUUUGUCGUAAGUUGUAGAACAAUGAGUCUGGCAGUUACUUUUCACCUGUCAUUAACUGUACUGAAACGUUUGUUCUGGAAAGUUUUCGCAGGAAUAAAGAGCCCGAAAGUCUGAGAUUCACCUCAUCACUAGGUUAUUAUCACAUUGUUAACAGGGUAAUUAGGAAGCACUUAGGGUUGAGGGUGUGUACUUGUUUUUAGUAAGCUUAUUUUAUUGUCCUGCAAAUCGGUUACGUCCUAAACCGACUCAUCUUAAAGCUCUUCGUUGUAUGUAUAGGCUUUUGUUCUUUUUCAGCUUGUUGAGGCACAAUUGGGUUUCGAACAAGAAUCCAAUAAAGUUUUACUUUUGAUAUUAAGACACCUAAUUGACAAGUUGAAAUCAAGAGAGAAUAGAAAACACCUGAAGUUCGUUAUUAAUUGCUAAGGUCGACUGAAUUAUUCGCUGCCAAAUACCAAAUUUUCCCACUGAAGUUUAGGAUCAUGUCUGACCAGUAUUCAAAGUACACUAUUAUGAAAUGAAAACUUGUUUAGCUGACCCAAACUACUAGAUUUUAGCACAUGCUUUAUAUGGCUAAGAGAAGCAGCCUUAAAGCAGAGCUUUAGGUACCUUGUUCCUUUAGAAUAAUUUGGAUCAACUUGGUUUUUCAGUAUGGUGAACCAUCAGCUGCUCCUUUAAAUUUUUCUUUCUGCCCUUAGCAAGUAUUUCAUUUCUGGACAUCAUUCAGGAGGACUUUCCUAUACAAACGUUCAACACUGCUAUGAUAUAGUACCACUUGUAUGUAAAGAUAAAGGCCUUUAUGUUGUAAAAAUGCUGGUCAUAUGGUUUUUAUAUGAGUAUUUUCAAGGCGACCCCUUUUUUUGGGAACUAAUGCCAGAUUGAGCGUCUCACGUCGCCUCACUAACAUAUCAAUUCUGAAACAAUUUUGAUAUUCUAUUGAGCGCAUAAGAAUCAAUUUCAAUCGAAAAAGAUAGUCGGUUCAAAUUUUUCUACCUGCGUGAAAUUAGAUUUGUACACAAAUUAGAUGGAAUAGGUACACGGUUUAUUGUUUUUGUUUGAAAUCACCAGUUACUUCGACGGUCAAGGCGGCUGCUUUGGAUUUUAUUGAAUUUGUGAUUUUGACAAUAGAAAUUUGGAAAAAACUGUUUUCGGAGCAGCUUGCUUGGCCUCUGAAGAGUAUUUGAAGUGUGUCAUUUGAACUAUUAAUGUUUCUUGCUGGAAAGAAGUUAACAAAAUAAACUAAUGAAAUUAUGUAUUGUACAUAAAUAUUAUAUUAUAUUAACUAUGUAUAACAUACAGCUGUAAAUACACAGAAUUUAUUUAUACAUA